AGAGGUCCUAGGUCUGGUGGACAUGGUCGCCCUGGAAAAUGGGGAGCUGGAGCCCCUUCUGUCCCCUGGCACCCUUCGUGGCUUGGAGGAUGAAUGUGUCACAGACGUUAAGGCUCAGACACGGGCAGCCCUGCUUCAAGUGCUGCAGGAGGACGCGGGGCACUGGGCAGGUGCGGAGGACCGGUCCAGCAGCCUGGCACAGGAUGUGUGUGAGCUGCUGGAAGAGCACACAGAGCGAGCGCCCCACAUCAGCCAGGAGUUUGGGGAGCGAAUGGCUCACUGCUGCUUGGGGGGGCUGGCAGAAUUCCUGCAGAGCUUCCAGCAGCGCGUGGAACGAUUCCACGAGAACCCAGGAGUCCGGGAGCUGCUACCCGACACCUAUAUCAGCAGGACCAUCUCCCUGGUCAAUUGUGGGCCCCCCCUGAGGGCUCUGGCGGAGCGCCUGGCCCGGGUGGGACCCCCUGAGAGUGAGCCGGCCCGGGAAGCUGCAGCCAGCGCUCUGGACCGAGUGACCCGACUCUGCCACCGCAUCCUGACCGACCUGCUGUUCCAGGAGCUGCAGCCGCACUUCAGCAAGCUGAUGCGCAGGAAGUGGCUGAGCAGCUCGGAGGCCCUGGAUGGCAUCGUGGGCACGCUGGGCGCUAAGGCCCUGGCACUGCGCAGGAUGCAAGAUGAGCCUUACCAGGAGCUGGUGGCCGAGCUGCACCGGCGGGCGCUGGUCGAGUACGUGCGGCCCCUGUUCCGCGGGCGCCUGCGCUGCGGCUCCGCGCGGACCCGCAGCCGCGUGGCCGGCAGGCUCCGGGAGGACGCGGCGCAGCUGCAGAGGCUGUUCCGACGGCUGGAAUCCCAGGCCUCGUGGCUGGACGCCGUGGUGCCCCGUUUGGCCGAAGUUCUGCAUCUGGAAGACACGCCCAGCAUCCAGAUGGAGGUGGGGAUGCUGGUGCGGGACUACCCAGACAUCAGGCGGAAGCACGUGGCAGCCCUCCUGGACAUCCGUGGCCUGCACCACACAGUCGCCCGCCAUGAGAUCCUGGCGGUGGCCCGGGACUUGGAACUCUCUGAGGGGGGAACCUUGUCGCCCCCCCGGGACCGUGCCUUCUUUGCAGACAUCCCUGUGCCCCGGCCGCCUUUCUGCCUCAGCCUCCCUCUCUUCCUGGGCCAUCUCUCCCUCUCCCGGCUGGCCUGCCUGCCCUGGCCUCGGCCUCCAUCUCCGUCUCCAUCACGGCCCCGGGCCCAACACUGAGACUCUCCCGGCUCCACCUCAGUGCCCCCCGUCUCUGCUGCUGACAGACCAUCCUCCUGACUCCCUGUCUGGGGCCACAGACCCCUGGGCUGCAAAGAUCAUUAGAGGUCUCCUCACCUACCCCCAAACUCCCUGUACAGAAGAGAAA